AUGAUUGGCCCUGGCACGGGCAUGCUAGGUGAAGAUGGGAUACAUAUCGACAUGAACCACCUCAAGUCUGGAGAAGUCAACCUGGGGACAUCAAUCAUGGCGAUCAAUUUCAAAGACGGCGUCAUCCUUGGAGCGGAUUCACGGACGACCACCGGGGCAUACAUUGCGAACCGAGUAACGGACAAGCUUACACAAGUGCACGACACAAUCUGGUGCUGUCGCUCAGGAUCCGCAGCCGAUACACAGGCGGUGGCAGAUAUUGUGCAAUACCAUCUGGGCAUGUACGGCAUCAUGAAUAAUGAACCCCCUACGACUCAGACUGCCGCCGCCCUGUUUCAGGAACUGUGCUACGACAACAAGGAUCAAUUGAGUGCUGGUAUCAUUAUUGCGGGCUAUGACAAGCGAAAUGGUGGCCAGGUCUACUCGAUACCUCUGGGCGGAUCGCUACACAAGGGACCUUAUGCUAUUGCAGGCUCAGGAUCGACCUACAUAUACGGUUUCUGCGAUGCACAUUGGAAAGAAGGCAUGACGGAGGAAGAAGGUGUUCAGUUUGUAAAGGAUGCUCUGAGAGAGGCUAUCAAAUGGGAUGGCAGUUCCGGUGGCGUCAUCCGGCUGGUGGUAUUGACAGCCCAGGGGGCCCAACGGCACCUGUAUCUGCCAGAUCAGGAUUACCGAGGACCCGGGUACAAGUGA